AUGGAUUUAGUUACUGUAUUGAUGAGUGUCCUAUUGGUUAUUUCCCUUCAAUAAAAUAAGGAAAUGUCGAUUACAAGGAAUGUUUAUAAUGUCCUAAUAACUGCUUUUCUUGCACAAAUGAAUCCAGUUGCACUGAAUGCAAUUAUUAUUUUAAAGAAUACUAAUGCAAUAAUAAAUUAUUUUGUAAAUGCGAAAGUAAAGAAUGUAAACUAUAAUCAGGACCAUAAUUGUAUCUUCUUUAAAAUGAAUGUUGUUAGAUAAAAAAUUGCUUUAAGUGUGAAUAAAAUAUUAACAUUUGCUAAAAAUGCAAUAAGAAAUAUCCUUAUCUUCAUUUAAACACAUGCUUAGAGAGUUGUCCAGAAGGAACUUAUUCAAACGAAAAUAAUGAAUGCGAAUAAUGUCAUCCUUUGUGUGCAAAUUGCACUAGUAAAUCAUCAAAUGAUUGUUUAAGCUGUACUUUAUCAAGGUAUAUGGUUGAAUCAGAUCAUAAAUGUAGAUGUGCUAAUCAAAAAGUUUUCUUUUAAAAUAGAUGCUACCGUGAUUGUCCAAGAUUUACAAAAAUUCAAAAAAACAAUGAUCGAAUUUGCGAAUAAUACUGUCCUGAUCAUAAUUCUUUCCCAGUUUUUGAUGAUGAUGGAAUCUUUGAGAGAUGUGAGAGUCAUUUCAAUGGCCAAAAUUCUAAAUAUUGUGAAUAAAAUUUGA